AACAGACAGUGAUUGUGAAAAACAGCAUAUAAUACCAGGGCAGCUUUGGAAACGUCAGAGAUAUUAUCAAAAUCAACUGCCUGAAAAUAAUGAAAAGAACUUUACUUGCAAAGUUAAAUAUAACAGUGAGGAAAGAAUGGAAAUUAAGGAAGAAUUCACCGAAAUUGAAUAUAUUGACAAUGAUACUUUUAAAGUCAAGGAAGAAAUUAGCGAAGACGAAGAGACUACGAGUCAAAAACUGAAUAAAAAAUAUGACUCGAAUUUCUGUACCGUAGAUAUAAAAGAAAGUGAUAUUUUUUCUGUUGACAAUAAAUCUCCGACCCAUAAGAAGGAGAAAAUUCAUAUAUCACAGCAAGACCCGAAAAAAAAAUACAAAUGCGAAAAUUGUGCUAGAGGCUAUAGCCAGAAAAGAAACUUGUAUCGUCAUCAAAAACUUCAAUGCAAUGCCAUUCGACAGUUUCGCUGCAACUUCUUCGACAAACGAUUUAAAUGCAACAAAUGUGUUCGAAGUUACACUCGGUUAGAUUCUUUGUAUCGUCAUAUACGUUUGAACCACGCAGAAGUCAAGCGACAAUUUAUUUGCAAUUUCUGCGGAUAUAAAACGAAUGUGAAAAAUAAUUUGUAUAUACACAUUACUUCGCUCCAUAUGAAAGAAUAAUAAAAUUCACGGAACAUUAAACUUAAGGAAAUUCAUAAUAUUGGACGAAAAAACUAUUCUUUGUAUAAUACUCAAUUUUAUUUUUUAAGGUUCCGAAAAAUUAAAUGUACUCUC